AUGAACUCGACUGGGAGUCCAUAUCAGAUCAGUAACAGAUCGGGAGACCAGUCUUGGAGCAAGCUGGAGAAGCUCCGUCACAACGUACCUUGCGCCGCCGGCAUCGCAAACAUGCGAGGGGACGGCGUCGAGCAGGCGACCCAGCAGACCUGGCAACUGCCGAAUCCGACAUAUGACGAGAAUCCUGAUAGCUAA